GGACAGAGAGGGGACGGAGCCCCUCCCUCUAAAAGCACUCUGUGGGGACCUGAACCUGGACCUGGACCUGAACCUGAACCUAGCUGUGUGUCCUUCAAGAGCGAUCGGUCAAAAGAUGCUAUUAUUGAAUUUAAACAAAGACAUUUGUCUCACAAAAGGAUCUAUAGGAGACCAGACUCUACUGGACCUGGACCUGGACCCAGCUGUGUGUCCUUCAAGAGCGACCUGUCAAAAGGGAUCAUCACUGACUUUAAAAGAAGACAAUCAUGUGACAUAAAAGUGGACCAGGAGAGCUCAGAGGUUCCCAGUGGUCAGUCUGCCCAGCAGCAUCAAACACACCUGGACUCCAUAUUUAUGCUGCUGGAGGACAACCUUGUCACUUUUGUGAAGAACGAGCUGAAGAAGAUCCAGAAGGUUCUGUGUUCAGAUUACCCAGAAUGCUUAGAGAGUCAGAGGGAGGAUGAGGAGGUGUGGGACAGUGAGGAUGAAGAGCAGAGGAGGAGCAGCAGAGAGGCAUUUCUGAAGAUCACAGUGCACUUCCUGAGGAGAAUGAAGCAGGAGGAGCUGGCUGACUGUCUGCAGAGCAGAAGUUCUUCUGGAGUUUGUCAGCGUGAACUUAAAUCCAACCUAAAGAAGACGUUUCAGUGUGUGUUUGAGGGGAUUGCUAAAGCAGGAAACCCAACCCUUCUGAACCAGAUCUACACAGAGCUCUACAUCACAGAGGGAGGGACUGCAGAGGUCAAUGAUGAACAUGAGGUCAGACAGAUUGAAACAGCAUCCAGGAAACCACACAGACCAGAAACAACAAUCAGACAAGAAGACAUCUUUAAACCCUCACCUGGGAGAGAUGAACCAAUCAGAACAGUGAUGACAAAGGGAGUGGCUGGCAUUGGGAAAACAGUCUUAACACAGAAGUUCACUCUGGACUGGGCUGAAGACAAAGCCAACCAGGACAUACAGUUCAUGUUUCCAUUCACUUUCAGAGAGCUGAAUGUGCUGAAAGAGAAAAAGUACAGCUUGGUGGAACUUGUUCAUCACUUCUUUACUGAAACCAAAGAAGCAGGAAUCUGCAGGUUUGAAGAGUUUCAGGUUGUGUUCAUCUUUGACGGUCUGGAUGAGUGUCGACUUCCUCUGGACUUCCACAACACUAAGAUCCUGACUGAUCCUACAAAGUCCACCUCAGUGGAUGUGCUGCUGACAAACCUCAUCAGGGGGAACCUGCUUCCCUCUGCUCGCCUCUGGAUAACCACACGACCUGCAGCAGCCAAUCAGAUCCCUCCUGAAUGUGUUGACAUGGUGACAGAGGUCAGAGGGUUCACUGACCCACAGAAGGAGGACUACUUCGGGAAGAGGUUCAGAGAUCAGGAGCAGGCCAGCAGAAUCAUCUCCCACAUCAAGACAUCACAAAGCGUCCACAUCAUGUGCCACAUCCCAGUCUUCUGCUGGAUCACUGCUACAGUUCUGGAGGAUGUGUUGAAGACCAGAAAGAGAGGAGAACUGCCCAAGACCCUGACUGAGAUGUAUAUCCACUUCCUGGUGGUUCAGUCCAAACUGAAGAAUUUCAAGUAUGAUGGAGGAGCUGAGACAGAUCCACACUGGAGUCGAGAGAACAGGGAGAUGAUUGAGUCUCUUGGAAAACUGGCUUUUAAGGAGCUGCAGAAAGGCAACCUGAUCUUCUAUGAAUCAGACCUGACAGAGUGUGGCAUCAAUAUCAGAGCAGCCUCAGUGUACUCAGGAGUGUUCACACAGAUCUUUAAAGAGGAGAGAGGACUGUACCAGGACAAGGUCUUCUGCUUCAUCCAUUUGAGUGUUCAGGAGUUUCUGGCUGCUCUUCAUGUCCAUCUGACAUUCAUCAACUCUGAAGUCAAUCUGCUGGCAGAAGAACAAUCAACCUCCCUGAAGUCUGAAAGAAGUAAAGAUGAAUCUGCAGGCACAAACUUCUUCCAGAGUACUGUGAUCAAGAACUUACAACGUUUACUGCCGUCAAAGCAAACAACAUUGCAGAAGUCUCAAACAAGAAAAGAUGAAUCUGAAGUGACACAGUUCUACCAGAGUGCUGUGGACAAGGCCUUACAGAGUCCAAAUGGUCACCUGGACUUGUUCCUCCGCUUCCUUGUAGGUCUUUCACUGCAGACCAAUCAGACUCUCCUACGAGGUCUGCUGACACAGACAGGAAGUGGCUCAGAAACCAAUCAGGUAGCAGUCGCGUACAUCAAGAAGAAGAUUGAAGAGACUCCCUCUGCAGAGAGAACCAUCAAUCUGUUCCACUGUCUGAAUGAACUGAAUGAUCGUUCUCUAGUGGAUCAGAUCCAACAGUCCCUGAGUUCAGGACGUCUCUCCACCGCUCAACUGUCUCCUGCUCAGUGGUCAGCUCUGGUCUUCAUCUUACUGUCAUCAGAAAAAGAUCUGGAUGUGUUUGACCUGAAGAAGUACUCUGCUUCAGAGGAGGCUCUUCUGAGGCUGCUGCCAGUGGUCAAAGCCUCCAACAAAGCUCUACUGAGUGUCUGUAACCUCUCAGAGAGAAGCUGUGAAGCUCUGUCCUCAGUUCUCAGCUCCCAGUCCUCUAGUCUGAGAGAGCUGGACCUGAGUAACAACAACCUGCAGGAUUCAGGACUGAAGCUUCUGUCUGCUGGACUGAAGAGUCCACAUUGUGAACUGAAAACUCUCAGGCUGUCAGGCUGUUUGAUCACAGAGGAAGGCUGUGCUUCUCUGGCCUCAGCUCUGAGCUCCAACCCCUCCCAUCUGAGAGAGCUGGACCUGAGCUACAAUCAUCCAGGAGUGAAGCUGCUGUCUGCUGCACUGGAGGAUCCACAGUGGAGACUGGACACUCUCAGGGUGGAGCCUGCUGGAGUCCGAUGGUUGAGACCAGGUCUGAGGAAGUAUUCCUGUGAACUCACAGUCGACACAAACACAGUACACAGAGAGAUCAAACUGUCUGACAACAACAGGAAGAUGAUUCGUGUGGAGGAGGAUCAACCAUAUCCUGAUCAUCCAGACAGAUUUAACUGCAGGCCUCAGCUGCUGUGUAGAAAUGUUCUGACUGGUCGCUGUUACUGGGAGGUCGAGUGGAGAGGAAGAGUUAAUAUAUCAGUGAGUUUCAGAGGAAUCAGGAGGAGAGGAAACAGUGAAGACUGUUUGUUUGGAUACAAUGAUCAGUCCUGGAGACUGAACUGCUCUGAUUAUGAUGGUUACUGUGUCUGGCACAAUAACAGAAAAACACCCAUCUCCUCCUACUCCUCCUCCUCCUCCUCCUCCUCCUCCUCCUCCUCCUCCUCCUCCUCUCGUAGAGUAGCAGUGUAUGUGGACUGUCCUGCUGGCACUCUGUCCUUCUACAGAGUCUCCUCUGACACACUGAUCCACCUCCACACCUUCAACACCACAUUCACUGAACCUCUUUAUCCUGGAUUUGGACUGUACUGGUCCAGUCCUGGUUCUGGUUCCUGGGUGUGUGUGAGUCCUGUGUAGGAGGGAGAGUCUCAGAUCAGUUCAGUCUGUACAGGAUCACAGUUCCAUCCAUCUUUCAGGUGAUUGUUGUGUCUUUCCUCCCUUAAAGCUUUGAUUCUCUCACACUGCGUAGUGUUAAGUUGGUUUUUCCUUUAGUUAGAUAUGUAUGCUCUGUUUGUUUGUUUGUUUGUUUUUUUGUUCAUAUGUCAACACGUUCUCAUUCCCAACGCAUCAAAAACUGCAGCUUGGUCAGCGGCCCUACGCUUCAAGCAGUGACGCUGUAGGAACCUUCUAGCGUCACUUUUGGACGUGCAGGGAUGUUUGAUUUUUAUAAAUAGAAUAAUAAUAAUAAUAAUAAUAGAAUAAAGAAUAAAGCCAACAGAGAAACGUUUCAUGUUUAUUAUCUAUUAUAUACUUAUUACUAUACUUGUCCACAGACAACAGACAAAUUCUACCAGCUAGAAACUCUAAACUGAGAGUUUUAUAUAACCCAAACGGCCAGUAAUCUUAUAUUCUGUACAGAUGAAUGCAUAUGUUAUUCAUCAAAUCACGUGAUUUUACAAGCACAAUCAUCAAUGCGUUUAAUUUUUAUUCCUCUGAGUUUGUUGUAGAUUUCUUCUUAAAAUCAUUAUUGAACACACAUUCAAAUAUACAAACCAUUGGAUGACAGAGCAGUUUAAGAGUCAUUUCCUGUAUCUGUGUCACGUUGGUUUAGCCACUGCCAGUGCCGUUAAAUAUAAUUAAAUGUGAAAUAUGAAUAUUUAACAUCACUGGUCACUGCCACUCCCCUUUAGGAGCCCUGUAGCAUCCUGAUUCUGUUGACUCUAUUGGGAGAAAUGAACGUGAGCUCAGAUUAUGAGCCAUUUCUUUCUGUCACUGAAGUAAAAAUUUGACUCAUUUUUCACAGCACACAAAUCUUCUGAACAUUUGGACUCUGAAAUGGUUUUCCAGACAAAUUAGGAGAGGAUUAAGUGUUCAAGACGUGUCUCUUUCCCAGCAGAAAUACACUAUCGCGAGAUUUGACAGUGCUGAACUGUCUAUGGUGCUCAAUUGUUGGUUUCACCAAAUAUGAUCUCUAACAACUCAACUAAAACUUAAAUCACCUUUUGAAUUCAUCUCUGGUACAACACAAUCUGCUUUCAUCCAUCUACAUGACAUUCACAACACUUGAAUGAAGUUUGGAGAUCAGGGGCAAGGAGAUCACGCCCAUUUGGGAAAGGUGAAGUGUGUAACGUUUCAUAGAAUUGGUGCAGAAUGUAAUGCGUUUUUUUUUACGAUAAGACAGUUCCCCAAAAGUGAAGCCCCCCUGGUGGCUGCCACAGUAUAAGUCAACAAUGUGAGAAAUACGUGUCUAAUGUUGUAUUCAGGUUUAAUUAACAUGGCACAUCACGGACAGUAAUUGCAACACUGGUGUAAUUUGGGAUGAUGCUACAAAAUAUUCAUCGACAUAUUUAUUAGUCUUCUUCACUGAAACACUGACUGCAUAUACUCCUGCAUAUAUGCCAUUGAUUCUGUACAUACUGAUGUUUUACAUGUAUAUUUUUCAUUGCUUAUGGUAUAACAUUGUAUAUAUGACUUGCAUAUUAAAAACACUAAAGGAGAUGAGGAGGAGUGAAUGAAAGAAACAUUCAAAAUGUAAUGAAAAAGGCAAACUGAAACUGAACUGAAAUAAAACAAAUGAACAAA